GGAAGAGAAACUUCAGUUUAAAAAGUCAGCAGAGAUCAGUACGGAGAGAAGAGUGAAGACAAGCAAGACAAAACAGUUAUUCUGUGGAGUAAGAGCCUGAAAGUGUUGAGCACCGAACAUCGAGGAUGUUUGUUCUCAUCUGGGCAGCUCUGCUUUUCUCUGUGAGAGGCAGUAGUGCUGGCACAGGUGUCUCAGCCUCAGAACACUGUGACAGAGAAUACUGUGUUACUCUCAGUGAGCAAGAACUAAGAGCAGAGGCUGGACUCUGUGUUGUGAUCUCGUGCUCUUUCAGGACUGCUGCUGACUUUACACCCAAACAUAUAGUUUGGUUCAAAUGUGAAGCAUCUACUGAAAGAUGUGGUGAUGCUGACAUAAUAUUUCACAGCGACAAAAACACAGACAAAAAGCCUCAGAUUGGAUUUAAAGGACGAGUGUCACUUUUGGAGCCUGAUGUGAGUCAGAACAACUGCAGCAUCAUCAUUAAUGAUCUCAAACAGAAAGAUUCUGGAUCAUAUCAGCUCAGAGUUAAUGGUGACCUGAACGGGAAAGAAAGUGGAUUCACAUUCAUUACAAGAGUAAAUGUCUCUGUUAAAGGUCUCAUUCAGAAGCCCACAGUAAUGAUUCCCACACUGACAGAGGGACAGCAGGCCACACUGACCUGCACUGCUCCUGGUCUCUGCUCUGGAUCUGUUCCUGAAAUCACCUGGACAUGGAGAGGAGCAGGAGGGACUGAAUCUCACAUUACAGAGAACAUCACUGCUUUCAAGACUGAGAAUCUGACAGCUUUCACACAGAGACACACCUCAACUUUGACCUUUGACCCUUCAGCUGAAUAUCACAACACCAAUGUCACCUGCAAAAUCAACUUUCCAAACAAACUGGCUACAGAACAGACUUCAGCUCUGAGUGUGAACUAUAUGAAGGAAGUUAAAAUCACUGGUGUUACACGUGUGAGGGAGGGCGAGGCUCUGAAUCUGACCUGCAGUGUUGAAAGUUUCCCUCCAUCUCUGAUUAUGUGGAAAAAACUGAGCUUCAACACAAACCUGCACAGUGACACUGGAUCAGCCUCACUUCUCAUCCACAAUGUGACAGCAGAACAUUCUGGACUGUACGUCUGCACAGCUAAAUAUAUGAACAACACCCUCAAGGAUGAAGUCAACAUAACAGUGAUAUAUAAAAGGAAACCUCAGAUCAUCGGGAAUAAAACUGUUAAGGAGGGAGAUGUUCUGAAUCUGACAUGCAGUGUUGAAAGUUUCCCUCCAUCUCUGAUUGUUUGGAAAAAAAUAAUUUCCAACACAAAUCUUCACAAUGAAACUGAUCCUGACCUGCACAGUAACACUGGAUCAUCUACACUUUUCAUCCAGAAUGUGACAGCAGAACAUUCUGGACUGUACAUCUGUACAGCAAAACAUCUGGACACAACUGUGACUUUAUGUACUAAUGUGACUGUAACUUAUUCAAGGAAACCUCAGAUUAUUGGGGAUACAACCAUUAAGGAGGGAGAUGUUCUGAAUCUGACCUGCAGUGUUGAAAGUUUCCCUCCAGCUCUGAUUGUGUGGAAACAACUGAGCUUCAACACAGACCUGCACAGUGACACUGGAUCAGCCUCACUUCUCAUCCAGAAUGUGACAGCAGAACAUUCUGGACUGUACGUCUGCACAGCUAAAUAUAUGAACAACACCCUCAAGGAUGACGUCAACAUAACAGUGAUAUAUAAAAGGAAACCUCAGAUUAUUGGAAAUACAACUGUUAAGGAGGGAGAUGUUCUGAAUCUGACCUGCAGUGUUGAAAGUUUCCCUCCAGCUCUGAUUGUGUGGAAAAAUCAUAGUUCCAACACAGACCACAAUGACACUGGAUCAUCUAUACUUGUAAUCCGUAAUGUGACAGCAGAACACUCUGGACAGUACAUCUGUACAGCAAAACAUCUGGACACAACUGUGACGUCAUAUGUUGAAGUGAUUGUGACUUGGUUUUCAAAGAUCCUCGAUGGCUCCGGAUGUGUGCGUCAGUCAGAGGUUUUGUCCUGUGUGUGUAUCAGUGAAGGGUUUCCUUUACCUACCAUUAACUGGCCGCUCCUGAAGAACCACACUGAGUACUCUGUCAUUACCACUGUGACAAACCACACAGUCAGCAGCACUGUCAGUCUGAGUUUAAAAAACCAUGGCAACAGCACUGUUGAAUGUGUCAGCAACAAUGGAAAUGGAGAAGAAAGAGAAAACCUGAUCCAGAAAAACCUGUCUGGUAUUGCAGAGCAGUCGUCUGGUUUUAGUCUGGGAUACCUGAAAAUCAUCAUUGCAUUUUUGACUGGGGUACUUCUUUCAGCAAUCAUUUGUUUGGCCAAAAAUUACUGCAGCAGAAAUAAACGGACGAGCUCUCAAAAUUCAGAUCAGACUUCUGAGAUGGAGACACGUCGAGAUGAUCAACUGGUGUAUUAUGGUCAAGCAUUACGCGACCAUCUGACCCUGAACUCAAACAGUGGGCCAACAGCAGUGGUGUAUGCCAACAUUAAUUUAUCCCUGUUGAAAAGAAACCCUGGCAGGGAGGCAACAAGGAGGCAAGAGAGCACGAAGACAGAGUAUGCUGAAAUUAAGAAAGCACUUAAAGAAGAACAGGAAAAUGAUGCUGUGGAGGAAGAAGAAAUUUCCUGUGCUAAAGAGGAGAAGCUGAUGGUGGAGUUGGAGAUGAAACAAUGUGAACCUGAAAACAAGGAAGGAGGAGAUGAGGCAGUGUACGCCACUGUGAAUGAUAUAACUGAUGAAAUUUGAGGAACGUUUGAUUGUGGAGUUGUUAGUGAUGAUUCUUUGAUCUCAUCAGUUGUGAUGGAUUGAUGUGAUGAAGUGACAAUUUAUGUCAUUGCUUGUAUGAAUGAUAAAGCUUUGGUGAAGCAUGUGAAGGCAUGAAGUUCACAGCGUGCUGGAAAUUGUUCAGAGACUGCAAAUUCAUUAAUCCAUUCAAAGUGAGGAAUGAAGACAGAAUUUCCUCAUCGCACAUUAUGACGGCUGGGAUAGAGGUCUGGAUUAAAUAUAAGUUUAGGUGUCUAUUUUACAUUCAUAAAUCUUGACAUUUAGGCUAAUGACAAUAAAGUAGCGAGACAAAGACAUUAUAUUUAAGCUUAUUCUCUAAAGUAUGGUUAUGGGAAACAAAUCUAAGCUAGCUCUUGAUGAUUUAUGGUCAUUUUUAAUGCUGUUCUCAGUUUUAUUUAUAUCAUUCUUUGUUUAUUUUACUUUUAUGUUCUUCUUUGGCUUCUUCUGGCCAAUCAUUGUGUUCACCUGAGGGGGGGCAGAGUGAGCCACUUGUGCCAAAAGUCAUAUAGAUGGUGUGGGCUAUCACCGCCGCC